GUGGGCGGGGUGCUGUUCGGCUGGGCUGGGUCUGCUGGCGGGCGGAACGCGGUGGCGGGGCUGAGGCUGUGCGGCGCCGCCCGGAGCGCUUUGGGCGGCGCACGGGGCGAAGAUGGCGGCGGAGCGACAGGACGCGCUGAGGGAGUUCGUGGCGGUGACGGGCGCGGAGGAGGACCGAGCCCGCUUCUUCCUCGAGUCGGCCGGCUGGGACCUGCAGAUCGCCCUAGCGAGCUUUUAUGAGGAUGGAGGGGAUGAAGACAUUGUGACCAUUUCUCAGGCAACUCCCAGUUCAGUGUCCAGAGGCACAGCCCCCAGUGAUAAUAGGGUGACAUCCUUCAGAGACCUCAUUCAUGACCAAGACGAGGACGAGGAGGAAGAGGAGGGUCAGAGGAGCAGGUUUUAUGCUGGGGGCUCAGAGAGAAGUGGACAGCAGAUUGUUGGCCCUCCCAGGAAGAAAAGUCCCAACGAGCUGGUGGACGAUCUUUUUAAAGGUGCCAAGGAGCAUGGAGCUGUAGCUGUGGAGCGAGUGACCAAGAGCCCUGGAGAGACCAGUAAACCAAGACCAUUCGCAGGGGGUGGCUACCGCCUUGGAGCUGCACCAGAGGAAGAGUCUGCUUAUGUGGCAGGCGAACGGAGACGGCAUUCUGGCCAAGAUGUUCAUGUAGUGUUGAAGCUCUGGAAAAGUGGAUUCAGCCUGGACAAUGGUGAACUCAGAAGCUACCAAGACCCAUCCAAUGCCCAGUUUCUGGAGUCUAUCCGCAGAGGAGAGGUGCCAGCAGAGCUACGAAGGUUAGCUCAUGGUGGGCAGGUGAACUUGGACAUGGAGGAUCAUCGGGACGAGGACUUCGUGAAGCCCAAGGGAGCCUUCAAAGCCUUCACUGGCGAGGGUCAGAAACUGGGCAGCACUGCCCCCCAGGUGUUGAAUACCAGCUCUCCAGCCCAACAAGCAGAAAACGAAGCCAAAGCCAGCUCUUCCAUCUCAAUCGACGAGUCACAGCCUACCACGAACAUCCAAAUACGGCUUGCCGACGGCGGGAGGCUGGUGCAGAAAUUUAACCACAGCCACAGGAUCAGCGACAUCCGACUCUUCAUCGUGGACGCCCGGCCAGCCAUGGCUGCCACCAGCUUUGUCCUCAUGACUACCUUCCCGAACAAAGAGCUGGCCGAUGAGAGCCAGACCCUGAAGGAAGCCAACCUGCUCAACGCCGUCAUCGUGCAGCGGUUAACAUAACCGCCCGGCCCGGCCAGCGGCCUCAUCUCCCUCCUGUGUCUCCCACGGCCAGCUCCCCGUGGAGGCCGCCCCUCCACCCCUUCCCAGGCACCCAGCAGUCCAGUGCCACGUCUCCUCCGUAGCUCUGGGUUCUUAGUUCUCAGUUGGACAUUUGUUUUCUCCUUAGUUGCAUUUCCUGGGUUUUUGUGACGAUCAAUGGACUUUAAAGAAAAAAAUAAAAACAACCAAAAAAACUGAAGGAAUAUCA